AUGUCCCCAGGGAACAGCAGCCAUGCCCUGGCUUUUCUGCUGGCAGGCAUCCCUGGGGUGGCUUGUUUCCACCGCUGGGUUUUCAUUCCUUUUGGUCUGAUGUAUCUGAUUGCAAUGCUGGGAAAUGGCAUCAUCCUGCUGGUUGUGAGAGCCCAUCACAGCCUCCAUGAGCCCAUGUACUAUUUCCUUUCGAUGCUGGCCACCACAGACCUGGGCCUGACUCUGUCCACCCUGCCCACCGUGCUGUGUGUCUUUUGGUUCCGCGCCAGAGAGAUCAGCUUCCCAGUCUGCCUCGCCCAGAUGUUCUUCAUCCACGCCUUCUCCUUCAUGGAGUCCUCAGUGCUUCUGGCCAUGGCCUUUGAUCGCUACGUGGCCGUCUGCUUCCCACUGAGGUACUCCUCCAUACUCACUGGGGCCAGGAUUGCGAAGAUCGGGCUGGGAAUCAUUGGCCGAUGCACUCUGACACUGCUUCCGUUAAUCUGCCUUCUUACACGGCUGCCUUUCUGCAGGUCCCAUGUGCUUUCUCACCCCUAUUGCCUGCACCAGGACAUGAUACGGCUGGCAUGCACAGAUGCCACCUUGAACAGCCUGUAUGGCUUAACUCUAGUGUCGAUGGUGAUCCUAGACUCGCUGCUCAUCGCCUUCUCCUACACCAUGAUCAUUAGGACCGUGCUGGGCAUCACCUCCAGAGAGGAGCAGGCCAGAGCCCUGAACACUUGUGUCGCUCACUUCUGUGCUGUCCUCAUCUUCUACAUCCCUUUGGCUGGCCUCUCCAUUAUACACCGGUACGGGAAGAAUGCUGCACCCAUUAGCCAUGCUCUCAUGGCCAAUGUCUACCUUUUUGUCCCACCUGUGUUGAACCCCAUUCUCUACAGCAUGAAAAACAAGGCCAUUCGCAGGGGCUUCCUCAGGCUCCUGUGUCAAAGAGUGGCCUGGCCUGGCCAUGGCUGGAGGCAUUAA